AUUACUCUCUAGGAGAAUCACAAAUGCUUUACAGUAUGUUUGCCAAUGCAUUCAUCAAAAUAUGUGGCAUUUUCCUUGAUGUUUGAAGAGCUUUGGUAGAGGUGUUGGUAUUUAAUAUGUUUUUUAAAUGAAGUCUUACAGCACCACCUUAAUGAUUCAACCCGCAAUUACUCUUUAAUCAACGUCAUGGCCCCAUCAAAUAAGGUAGAAGACGUAGACGAGAAUUUGGCAAAACUGCAAGAAAAGUACGGUUUUGUGAGACCGGAGCGUGGGAUCGAUUCCUACCCGGAAGGAACAGGUUGGCGGGAAGGAAAGCCUGACUAUCGUCUGGCCGAUCUGACCUUCUUCCAAGGUAAAACCAAGAACCAUUUGGUUGGAUCUCUGGAAUAUAUUGUGGAGAACCUCGUGAAGAAAUGGGAGAUGGAGAUGACACACCUCGGUGAUAAGAAAGACUGGAUGACAAUCGACCCUCGAGAAUAUAAUGUCAGCAUGAACGGUGGAAAGGAUAAAAAUGGUUUCACCGCCGCAGUCAAGGGAACGUACAACUGGUUGCUUGCGGACGUCUCGAAAGAACUCUACAACGCAUCGGAGCACACCUUCGAGACAUCCCACAAGAUCUUCAGAGGAGCCUUUGAGAAGGGCUUCCCCUGGGAAGUUCUGGAGGUUUUCUCUGGUCCACCGAGGGUGGCCUUCACGUGGAGGCACUGGGGUAACUUCACUGGGACCUACGAGGAACGAAAGGGUUCCGGAGAAGUCAUCGAGCUCUAUGGCUUCACCAUCGCGACUGUGAACGAAGAGCUCAAGAUCCAGAAGUUGGAGGUGUACUUCAAGACCGAUGGGUUCCUCGAAGCUCUUCAGGGAAAACGUGAUCCAAAUGAACUAGCGAGGGGCAAAGAGAUGAUUGGUUCCUGCUGCCCUUUCAUUAAGUCUAAUAGCGAGAAUUAAUGGGUUUAAAAUUACUGCAAGAUAGUAAUCAUGAAUCGCGAUUACGGCAAGUUCUGUUCAGAGCUGCUCCCCCCAGGGGGGGGGGGGGGGGAGUCAAAUAUAUUGCUGUACACACGCGUGGCCAAAUAAUUUCCAAACACCCCUAAACGAAUUUUUUCUCUGUGUGCAAAAUAACCCCCUAAACAAGUUUUUCGCGGGCUUUAUUUACACAUUUUGGCCCCUAAACAAGUUGUCGCCAGAACGGACCCCGGGAAAAAAGCUUGGGGAAAAAACCUACCCUAAACACGUCUGGCUAGUCUUAAAAAAAAAAACUUUGGAAAAAACAUACCCUAAAUACGUUUGACCCUGCGAUUGACCAUUGACCAGUUUUUCAAAACUACCCACUUUUUUUUUUUGAAAAUCGGUGUUAACCUUAACGAGUGCACGCGCGGCCCGCGUCCAAAACUGAAAAAAACCCUUUAAGGACGUUCCACAGUAAUUUAUGUUUGUGCGCAUCAUGGUCUGCGCAUAUUUUACACUCUGCGCGCUGACGUCACAAUGGAUGAACUGGUGAUUAAUCAGCUGUAGGUAAUAUGAGCUGAUUUUUCUCCUUAUCUGCACUAACUGCAGAUCUGAUUUUUUUUAUUCCUGUACAAUUUCAAAAUAGUUUCUCUGUAGUGCUGCAAAGUAUGAUGAAUAUGACCCCGAGUUUGAAUAAAGGGAAAAGUGGUUCGGAAUUUUUCCUCACAUAGAUACUGCUUUUGGAAAGUUUUCGGGUGUUUUAAGAAGCAAAUUUGCUCUAAUAAGAGUGCUGAUAGUUUGAAAACAAGCAUAUGAACCCAUAUUUUUUAAGGUUUGCACCUCUUAGGUAUACCUUUCUCUACAACUUUGCAAAGUUAGGUGAAAAUUACAUGGGUUUUGAAUAAAGUGCAGCAUUUCUUUUACUUCUCAAGUUUGUUAUUGAAAUUUGAAAUUUUUGAGGUUGAGUAUCUUUCCCGCAAUUUCUAAGAACUGAGAGUGUUGUUAGACUUAAAUGAGCAAACAAUUGACAGCAAUAUAGAUAGAUUAUCCAUCUUACGGAUACAAUUAUUAAUCAUUAUUGCAAAAUUUGAUGAAAUUUUCAUGGAUUUUGACUGAGUAAUAGGGCUUUCCGCUCAUUGUUGUGAUCUCGUGAAGUCUAAAAAUGCCAAAUUCUUUUGGAUGCGCAAUUCUUAAGAACAUCAUCCAUUUUGGGUUAACUUUGAAGCUCUAUAGCAAAAAAAUCAAGCACAUGGACCCAUGUUCAUUUUUGCAUAUUUGGAAUAUUCAGGUGCUAACGUAUCUAUGUGCAAAGUAUGAUGAAAAUGACAUGGAUUUUCAAUGUUUGGGAGCAAGUCUACGGAACCAUCCGCAUUUUAGACGGUAUUAACAGACUUUUGCUUGUUUUCGGUGCAUUUUGGGCUGUUUCAAGCCAACCCGCAAUACUUUGGACACUGAUAAUUUGAAAACGAGCACAUGGACCCCAAAGUUUAAAUGUCUUAACUUCUUCAGAAUGUAUUCUUCUACAAAUGUAGAGAGUAUGAUGAAAAUGACAUGGAUUUUGAAUGUUUGGGAGCAGGACUAAAGAACCAUUCGUAUUUUAAACAUUUUGGACGGCAUUUUUGGGCUGUUUAGACACUGAUAGUUUAAAAACGAGCACAUGGACCCCAUGUUUUUAAUAUUUUAACGUCAUCAAAAUAUAUUUCUCUGCAAAUCUAUCGAGUAUGAUGAAGAUGACAUGGAUUUUGAAUGUUUGGGAGCGAAAUAUGAAACCAUUUGCAUUUUAGACGGUGUUAUCAUACUUUUUGCUUGUUUUCGGCGCACUUUAGGUGGAUUUCAAUAUUUUCAAGCCAACUCGUAACAUUUUGGACACUGAUAGUUUAAAAACAAGCACAUGAACCCAAUAUUUUUAAUAUUUUAAUGCUUUUAGAAUAUAUUCCUCUACAAAUCUAGAGAGUAUGAUGAAAAUGACAUGGAUUUUGAAUGUUAGGGAACAAAACUACGGAACCAUUCGCAUUUUUAAAGGCAUUAUUAGACUUUUGCACGUUUUGGGCGCAUUUUGGGCGAUUUUCAUGCCAACUCGCAUCACUAUGGAAACUCAUAGUUAAAAAACGAGCACAUGGACCCCAUAUAUUUAACUUCCCUACACCUUCGAUAUGCAUUCCUCUACAAUUUAGCCGAAUUUGAUGAAAAUGACAUGGAUUUUGAAAAAAGUGCAGCUUACAAAAUACUUUUUUAAUUUUUGAGUAGAUUCACGACUUUGAAGAUUUUUUUUCAGGGCUCACAGGCCUAAUUCAUUUCCCAUAGACUCGUGUGUUAAAGUGGCACUUAAAAAGAAUUCAUAAAAAAUAAGGAGGAAAUUCGAGGGUUGAAUGUUUACUAUA